CGGCCGGACUUCAGAGACCUCGGCUGAGAAGCGGCUCCCGCUUCCGCGGAUCUGCGGUGGAGGGUCCCGAGCGGGCCCCGCUUCAGGGGUGAAGACGACAGCGACGGCCCUGCGGGCUGGAAGGACCCAGGAGGCUGGGCUGCAACUUUGGGAUGCCUUGGGAGCCCAGUCCACCAGGAGGAAAAUGCGUCCUGUGUUGGGGUCCUGACACCUGCAGAUGGGGCUUUGCCAUGAUUUCUUCUGGAUGUUUCUGUAAGGAGAUUGUUUCUGUAGAGAAAUGCCACUUCAGCAUCAUAUACACAGUCGUAAAAUUCAUAUCAAGAAAUGGGACCAGCCAGUCUUCCCUGGAACCUGAGGCAAAGAGGAAAAAGUCACACCCUAGGAAUGCAGUGGUGUCCUUUGAAAGAAGAGGAUGCCAUUCCCCGUGUGAGGGCAAUGGAAGCUCAUGGGGGACGACCACCGGAUCCAGAGGGAGAGCGACCAGGAGAGGAUACCAGCGUGAGACAGCGGAGCGGUCGGCCUCCUGAUGUUGGCGGUGCUGAAUGUGUAGAUAACACAGAUGGCAAAUUGCUAAGACAACUGCAAGCUCAAGAAAAAGCCCAACAAGCAGCACAAAUAAAGCUUUUGAGAAAACUCCAAAAGCAGGAACAGGCUCACAUUGCCAAAGAAGCUAAAAAACAACAAGCAAUAAUGGCUGCUGAGGAGAAGCGACAGCAAAAAGAGCAGAUAAAGAUUAUGAAACAACAGGUUGUGGAGGAAUCUCUGCCCUGCUUCCAUGGGAGAGGCCGGCCUCAGACUACUGUUCUGCUAUGGCGGAGCCACGUCAGAGUUGAAAUUGGAGGGACGCUGUUUGUCACCGUGAGGGGCCUCCGAGUAGCGCUGCCACCCAGGGGUUCGGGGCGCCCCGAGUUACCCGGUAUUCCCAGUAACUGGGCUGAUUACACCGGGGUGUUUCCUACAAGAAUUAAGAGAAUACAACAAAUGAGAAUGGAAAAAGGUCUUCGAGCCCAGCAAAUUCUGGAGGCUAAGAGGAUAAAGAAGGAAGAAGCUGCAAAAGCCAAAUUAUUGGAGGCUGAGAAACGAAAACAGGAAAAAGAACGGUCGAAGCAAGAAAAACGUGAUGAGAAACGAUUAAAGAAAGAGCUUAAACUAGAGCAACGAAGAUUAGAAUUAGAAAUUGCAAAAGAACUAAAGAAGCCUAAUGAAGACAUGUGCUUAGCAGACCAAAAGCCUUUGCCAGAGUUGCCUCGUAUUCCAGGACUUGUCCUCUCUGGAAGUACAUUUUCAAACUGUCUCAUUGUGGUGCAGUUCUUACGAGUCUUCGGUAAAGCUUUAGGCUUUAAUGGGAAUACUGAUGUUCCAGACCUGAGUAUUCUUCAAGAGGGAUUGCUGAAUCUAGGGGACAGCAUGGCUGAGGUACAAGACCUGCUUGUGAGGCUCCUGUCAGCUGCUGUGUGUGAUCCAGGUCUAAUUACAGGAUACAAGGCCGAAACAGCUCUUGGAGAACAUUUGCUGAAUGUUGGUAUGAAUCGAGACAAUGUUUCCGAGAUCUUGCAGAUCUUUAUGGAGGCCCGUUGUGGACAGACUGAGCUCACCGAAAGCCUGAGGACCAAGGCUUUCCAGGCCCACACUCCGGCCCAGAAAGCCUCGGCGCUGGCCUUCCUGAUCAGUGAGCUGGCGUGCAGCAGGAGGGUGGUGAGUGAAAUUGACAAGAACACUGAUUAUAUGUCAAACUUGAGGAGAGAUAAAUGGAUGGUAGAAGGUAAACUCAGCAAGCUCCGAAUCAUUUAUGCUAAGAAAGCAGGCAAGAGAGACACUUCAGGUGGCAUCGAUCUUGGAGAAGAGCAGCACGCGUCGGCCACCCCCACAGCAGGAUACAAGCGAAGAAGGAAGGGCGGCGACAGUGACGCUGAUGGCAACGAGGAGGAGGAGGAGGAGGAGGAAGACAAGGAAGACAGAAAAGGAAAGAAAACUGAUGUCUGUGAAGAUGAGGAUGAAGGUGACCAAGCAGCAAGUGUUGAAGAGCUAGAAAGACAGAUUGAAAAGCUGAGUAAACAACAGAGUCAGUACAGAAGGGAGCUCUUCGAUGCGUCUCACUCUUUACGUUCAGUGAUGUUUGGCCAGGAUCGUUACAGACGUCGGUAUUGGAUUUUUCCCCAGUGUGGGGGGAUUUUUGUAGAAGGCAUGGAGAGCGCUGCAGGGCUGAAAGAAAUUGCAAAAGAAAGAAAAAAACGAAAAAAAGCAGAAAGCAUCCAGACCAAAGAAAUAUUUGAUACUUCUGACGACACUUUAAAUUGUUCAAAUCCGGAUCAUUGUGAGCAAAAGGAAGAUCCUAACGAAAAAGAUAACACAAAUCUAAUUCUUCAGAAUCCUGGCUCUUUUUCCAAACUAAGCAAGCUUUUAGAAGUAGCUAAGGUGCCUCCUGAGUCAGAUGUAACGACCCCCAAACCAAAGAGCGGUGCAGAUGGGUGCGCACUGCCUCACCAGAACCGUGGGAGACACUCACCGGGCAGCAUGCAGCCAACGGUGACACAGAACAGCGUGGAAGGGACAGACUCGAAUCUGGUCAGUACCGGUUCAGGUGGUGCAGGCAAGGUCUACAGUCCUCCCCCCAGGGACCAGUUGUUACUGCCAAGAACACCUUGGGAGGACGCUUCCCUUACCCAAGCCGAUGCGCCAGCUGCUUCUUCACCAACUCCUCGGGCCCAGCCGCCCUCUAAGUCACCUGCAGCUCUUGAAGUAGCCAAACCAGUAGAUUAUCCUAGUCCAAAGCCUAUUCCAGAAGGUGGGUACCUUGAGAGGGUUUGCUGUAGCCACUUACUGUAUUGUAUUGUUACAGAUCUCUAUAUUAUAGCUGAAUCUUUGAUGUUUUUAUAUAGUUAUAAAUUUUUUCAUUUAGGCAUAAGAGAAAAGGCAUUACAAAAACAAAUUCAGAAACACCUGGAUUACAUCACUCAAGCCUGCAUCGAGAAUAAAGAUGUUACCAUUAUUGAAUUAAAUGAAAAUGAAGAAAACCCGGUAACUCGAGAUAUUGUGGAGAAGUGGUCAGUAGAAGAACAAGCAAUGGAAGUGGAUUUGAGGAUUCUUCAACAGGUAGAAGAUCUGGAAAGGAGAGUCGCAUCAGCAAGUUUGCAAGUAAAGGAAAAUCUGCAAGAAUCUAGUCCUGAUUCUGUAGAAAGCCGAAUUACUCUACUAGCUCCUGGUUGGAUGUGUCCAGAACCGGCAUCAGAAAGGGAGGACUUGGUCUAUUUUGAACAUAAGUCAUUUUCUAACUUGUGCAAGGAGCACGAUGGAGAAUUUACUGACGCAGAAGAAAGCAGUGCACAUGCACUAGAGCGGAAGAGCGACAACCCCCUAGAUAUAGCUGUAAGCAGGCUGUCUGAGUUGGAGCGAAACAUUGAAAGGAGGUAUCUGAAGAGCCCCUUAAGUACCACCAUUCAGAUCAAACUGGAUAAUGUGGGCACAGUUACUGGCCCUGCUCCUGCACCAUCCACUAGUGGUGAUGAUGACGGAAUUGAAGAGGAUAUUGUUCCCGGUCUCAGGGUGUGGCGAUGGGCAUUAUCAGAAGCUCGCAGUGCUGCCCAGGUGGCUCUGUGCAUUCAGCAGUUACAGAAAUCCAUAGCAUGGGAAAAAUCCAUUAUGAAAGCUGCAAGUUCACUGAAAAGGGGCCGCAAAAACAGAAAAAGGAAAAUAGAGGAAAACACCUGCGGUACUGGAGUAAAACAAGAACGCUGUACUCGUGGAAAGAAACUGAAACAGGACAACUCUGACCCGACUCUUGGCAGCCUUACUAAAAUGCAAACUCGUCUCAAUAAAGACAUGAAAAAAAGAAAAAUAGAAGAAAACACCUUCACUAACUUACCAAACCAGGAAAGCUUUCAUUCUGUAAAGAAAAGGAAGCAAGACCACUCUGACCUGACUCUUUCCAGUCAUGAAGAUGCACGGCCUUUUGUAGAACUGCCGGAGUGCAGCACACGGAGUCGUCUGCGUUUCCGCCUCAGGGAUGGAAGACACGUUUUUAUUAAAAGUGCGUAAGCAGCUUUAUAAUAACAUGUCUGGUAUCUGCGGGUCUCAUCAACAAGAAAU